GUGUGAGGUGGUGCCGCGCUGUGGCAAGCCCUGGGGUUUUUCCCUGCCCGUAGCGAGGGAAGGUCGGAGGACAGCCCCCGGCCUGCCCGGCUCUGUAACGGCUUGGGGCCGCCGUGCCGAGCCCCGCGCACCGGGUUCAGAGCAGCCCCUUCGCUGCGGCUCGGCGGGCCGCGGCGGUGAGGAGGCUGCUCCCCCCUCAGGCUGCUCGUCCCGCCGAGCAGCGCAGGGCCGUGGGACGGGGACGGGGAGGAACCCGAGCUCCCAGGCCCUGCGUGCUUGCGGGCACCGGGGCUCGGCCUCUGCCGGCUGGUGGUGCGGCUGCGCCUGCGUUUGUGUUGCUGCUCCUGGGUGCUGUGGUAUCAGGCCUUGUUUUAUACAGUUGCAGUGGCGUCGUGCCAUUUUCUAACUUGUUAAAUGAGUCAGCUUAAAGUGUACUAUAUGAAAUUAUAGAACCUUAGUUAAAACUUGCUUACUAUAAGUAAGUGAAAUAGAGAUGGAACAAGUCAUAAUGGGGAAAACAGCUGAAGUCAGAAGGGUUUGCAGUGUGUCCUGCAUGUGCAUGGAACUGCCUGUGGAAACAUAGGUGCGAUAAUUCUGAAAAUUGAACUCUUAAACAAGUUUGCACAGCAGGUGUUUGCUCCAGGAAGUGCAUAUGGUUGUCCGCAACAGUUUCAGGGAGUUGAUUUUUCUUCCUGAAAAGAGGACCCAUGAUGUCUGUGGUACAUCGGCUGACAGCCGGGUGGCUCGUGGAUCAUCUCUCUUUCAUCAACCAGUGUGGCUAUGAGAUCUGUGACUCCUUUGCAUACCCUGAUGAUGCCAGGCACAAGAGUACUUCUGGCACAUCUACUGGAGAUUGUCGUGCUACUUCUACCGUUGCUACCACCUCAUCAAGAAAUGGUCCUAUUCCUGGACCUGGAGAUCCAACAGAAACAGAAAUUAAAACUGUAAAAAUGAAAUACGUGUUUCGGGAGGAGUUCUUUGAUAUUUCUAAGCCCCAUAUAGCUUCAGCUCUUGAGGAGCAGCUGUGGCAGGGGUGUCCUGAGUUGAGUCUCACAAAUAUUAAGGCCAACAGCAACAGAGAGGAACACCAAGAAGGAACCAAGAGUGGCAUUGGAGAUUCUGUUGCCAGUGCUAGGAAGAAACGUAAAAGGAAAAGUGUAUUCAACCAAGGUGAACUGGAUGCUUUAGAAUACCAUUCGAAGGUCAGGAAGCUCAUUUGGGAAGGCACUUUGCAUUUAGUCCAAGAAGGACUCAAAAGUGGUUUUCUUCACCACACUACGGCAGAACUGAAUUGCAGGAAGAAUGUUGUUCCUGGACACAUUGGCUGUGGGUUGGCUGAAUUAUGUGAAAUGGCAAAGCAGUUUCCAGAUGUGAAUGAAAGUGACCAUCAAGCUGUACAUGUGCUAGAUGAUGAAAUCUCGAUUCCAGAGCAGGACCUGCUUUCGUGUGUUACAGAAAACAGCUCAAACUGUGCAAAGAUAGUUGUGUUAAUGGGGCAGAAGUACUUGGUGCCACCAAAAAGCAGUUUCCUCUUAUCUGAUAUUUCAUGUUUACAGCCCCUGCUGAACUACAAGAAAAAAUAUGACGUAAUUGUGAUUGAUCCACCAUGGGAGAACAAGUCCAUUAAAAGGAGUAACAGAUACAGCCACUUACCUUCAUGGCAAAUCAAGCAGAUUCCUGUACCAGCACUAGCUGUUCCAAAUUGUCUUGUAGUCACAUGGGUGACUAAUAGACAGAAGCACUUACGUUUUGUUAAGGAUGAACUUUAUCCUCAUUGGUCUGUGAAAACGCUUGCUGAGUGGCACUGGGUAAAAAUCACUAGAGCUGGAGAAUUUGUAUUGCCUUUGGAUUCUUUACACAAAAAGCCGUAUGAAGUUCUUGUAUUGGGGAGAGUUGAAGGAGAUACAGAAGAAGGUUUAAGGAAACCUGAAGAUGUACUUCCAAUUCCAGAGCGUAAGUUAAUUGUCAGCAUACCCAGCAGCCUGCAUUCACAUAAACCCCCUCUUACUGUUGGAGAGAUCAUUCAUAAGGAAUUGUUUGAAGAGUUUUGCCUUUACAUUUAUAGACCUGCUGGAAAUUUCACAGAAAUUAAAAUAACUUCAGCAAGGAUUUAUUACUGAAGAAAAGUAGAUGUGGGAAUAAAACCCAGGAAAAAAAGCAAAACCAAAACACCACUGCAAACAAAAAGCCUUUGGCAGAGAAAGGACACCAAUCAAGACACAAACUGAGUUUUGAAAGUAUUGGUAAUUAAAAUGCUUCAUUUAGUAUGGACAAUAAUAAAAGAGAAGUAUAUUUGAAAUCCAAAGCAGGUUUAUUAAUUUUGCAGAUCUUCUAGAUGCUAGUUAAGAAGUUAUGAUUUAUAAUAUCCAAAAUUAACCCAGCUAUAAAGAAAUCUAUCUGUUAAUAGUUUUGCUACUGCAUCUGCCAUUUUGGUGCCUGAGCACCAUUUGCUCUUUUUAUCCGGGCUAAAAAACAGCAAUCAAAAACCUGUGGAGAGUUUGCGUUUUUUAAGGAUGUUCUAGCCCAAGCUGGUUUGAUACAGCCACCUGCAGUAAUUGCCCAGCUUGGUGAUUCAUUAACCAGUUGUUGAAUUUUGUUUCCAUGACAACUUCCUAUAUUGUAUUAUCUUAUAAACUCAGUAGAAUUCAACCAUCAACUUAAAACACCUAAAUGUUUCUCCGAGAUGCAUCUCUUGUUUCCUUGGCAACUUCCUUUCAAGUCACCCUAGGAUAUUUCAAGGCACCCAAGACAAAUUCCAUCACAUUGAUCUUUUUAAUGAAUUUACACUGACCUGCAGUAUACUCAUUGUACCAAACUUAAAAUAUUAGAUGACAGAAUCUUUAUUGAUUUCAUUCAAAUGCUGCUUCUCAGAUGAAAUCCAAUUACUUUGACCCAGUGCGUACAUUUUCCCCAUUAAGGCUGCAAAAACAAUGCUGUAAGGCACUAUCUAUAUAUAUAUACAGACCAAUUUGAAGAUUAAAACCAACUUUGCAUACUAAGUGCAAUAUUUAUGACAGAAACAAGGACACGUUUUUCUGCUCCAGAGUAAUGUAUAAUUAUUAAGAUAAAUUUGAAUGAGACAAGGUGAAUGCAGAAGAAAACACAAGAAGCAUUAACGCUUGCAUUCUUUCUGGUACAUUGAAAAUGCAGUAGUUAAAAAAAUCAUAACAGAAGCAGAACAUCCCAGAUGCUAAAUCCCCACCCCCCAAAGAAAAGAAGAAGAAAAAAAAGGAAAGAUGUAACACUGAUGUCAUCCUGGUCACAAAAUAUGGCAAAAGUUGGUGAUUCAGCAGGUCUUCCCUUAGUUCUGCACAUGCUAUAAAUUGUGCUGCCUUGGAGCAGCGUAAGAUGCUGAAACAAACCAGAUGAAUCUUGCAUCUUUGCUGCAGUCUCUUCCUCCAAAGUCCCUUAAGGAAACAGUGACCAGUUCUGAGCCAAUAUUUAGUCUCUACAGUGGGUAAAGGCUAUUUUCAUCUCCCACUUUUCUCCUUCCAGAGACUGGUCCCACAGCUUAAAGAAGUGAGAGCUGGAUCUGUGACAAUUGAAUGAAAAAGCGGAAAGCAGAUCAGACCGUGAAAAUUAAUCUCUUCUGGAGAUAAGAAAGAGCUAAAAGUCUAAGAUCCAGGCGCUUUAGUCUUAUUACCCAUCUACAUUAUUUAUUCCUACCAUCUCGGUAUUCCCAGUGUAAAUCCAUAUCCUAUUAUUUCUGAAACUGGCCUACCUUCUUACAUCAGCAUCUGUACUUUGCUGACCUCAGCCCUGGUUUAGCAUCUUCCUGUUUUUCUCAUGGCUUGCUUUCAUCUGGUUUAUUAAGUAUGCUUCACUCUAAAGUGACCCAGACAACACAAGUGCACAGGCUGAUUUAGCCUCUGUGCAGAUGGAUGCAGAAACCAUUAAAGUUAGCACCUGCAGCAUCCUUUGCCGAUAUGUUUUUCAGAUCUCUCCUGCAAGGGUAAUUUGCUGCUUUCAGAGAUGUUCUGGAAGCUUUUGCAUCUCAGUUUGAAUGUCUCCAAUUCACUGUUUUUCAGAGGAAGAGAGAUGUGAAGCCGAGAGAGUGCUCCGCAGCGCCCGUGCUUGCUGCUUUGCCAACCUUUAGGAGCAUCUGCUUUUGGAGCCGGAAGAAAAUUUGUGUUUGUGCUCAUAUUCACAGAAGCUCAAGGUUUAGGAACAGGUGUUGACUCUGGUAGGAUAUUUCAAACUUGUUCUUAAAAUUUCUUCACAAGGAUGAAAUAACCCUUCUUACAUGACAAGAACAACUUCCUUUUCUGAAUCUGUGUUACCGAGAUGAGCUGGCUCAAGCAAGAGCAACUUUCUGAGUAUGUUUGAAUCUGAGGUUUUAAUCUGAACCAGGUAGCCUUACCCAGGAAAGACUUGGGGCUAGUCUCUUUUGGUGAAGAUCCUUUGAGUCUAGUUCUGUCUGGUGCACAUGAGAUCAGAAGGGAGGGAAGAAGCAGUGGAAGAUGAGAAGGACCAUGUUUUUACGGCUGUGGGAACUGGCUGUCAUGGUGUCAAGAAAUACAAAUAUUUAUGUAAAAGAAAUAGAAUUGCUGCUGGCAAAGAGAUGAAUGAAGGAUGUUUUAAGAGAGAGAAGAGUAAUUUUACUGAUUUGAAGUUAGGCUUGGUACCAAGGAGAAACCUGAGACAAAAUUAACUACUUUAAGCUUUUAAAAAGCCGAUCAAGCAAACAGACCUUAGCAAAGCCUUGAAUCACAUUAAUGCUAAUCGACAGAUGUGCAACACUUGAGAAGAAGAUGAGACAUAGAGUUAUAUGUAAAAACUAAGUAACAAUAGUUUUGUAAGAGGUAACUGGAGAUGAUUAAUUCACACCUUAAAAAAAGAAUUAGCGAGUUCUUUGUCUAAGCCAGAACGAUCAUUCCUCUACCUUGUAUCUGCUGCUUUCUUACUUUCGCCUGGCAGGAAAUGAUCCUUUGAAGACAUAAUGACUUGUCUAAUUUUCUGCAUGUUAGAAGUCUCAUUAAGUAUAAUAAAUUAUUAAUGCCAAAGAGAUUAUGGUGGAGAGCAUUUGUUGGAUCAAAGAUACAAGUGUUAAGCCCUUCUGGCAAAAGCUGUGUUUGUCUAUGUCUGUACAGUACCAGUUUACUGGGACCCCAAGCUUGAUAGCCUGAUAGCUUUGGGUAGGAUAAAUAAUAACAACAUUUGUAGGUACCAGAUUAUAUGAUGAAUGUGUAAUUUCAGGCAAACUUCAAAUGCUGGGCAAGUCAAAUGCUAUUAAACUUCCUUGUCUCUUAAGCUAUAUUAUAUCUUUUUUUUAAAAGAAUUGCACAUGCUCUUUCCAAAUCUCCAAUGCAUUUCAUAGUGUUUGGUAGAUGACUUGCACUGCCAAGACUUGCUGUUAUGCAGAAUGCACUUUAAUUAGGAUUUUAAUGGAUUUCUUAUGUCACCAUUCAGGGUUAUAAUAUGCUGUUUUCUCUGGUGUUUUAGCCUAGUGGUAAAAUAUUAAUAUAAAAUUUUUAGUAGAAACUGCUCUUUGAAAGUAUUUUUUUGUUCUUGCUUUUCUCAACUAAUUGUUCUCUGUUACACAAGUAUUUCAACUUUAUUUAGGUGGGUGUAUCAAUACGCGAUAGACUGAUUGCUGGAGGAGAUUAAAGGACUAGGGUCAGGAAACACAGUAAAAGUCUUCCCAAUGAUUUCAAUUCACUUUGGAUUGUGCUGGAGCAAAUACUUUAAAAUACUACAGUUCCAUAUUGACACUAAUGUUAUGGCAGGUUCUUAGUAAACUAAGGUAUUUUCUUUCUGAAAAUACAUGAUGCCAAGACUAGAAAGAAUAUUUCCUGAAAGUGAUCAUCUGUUUGUUUUAGUCAUAAUGUAGCUCUGAGCAAGAAACACAAAUGUAUGUGUGUUUGAAAUAAAGAGCAUUUAUUGUA